AUGUUUGAAGUCACAAGUCAAGUACUGUACUUGCAUCGAUUACCUAAAAGUUUCCACCCUUUGCCAGUGUCCCUACAUAUAGUAUCUGCUCACCACAACUGGCUAGAAUCUUCAAUGAAUACGCAAGCAAGCAAAUCGGAUCCAUCAGAGUUCUCUGAGACAACGAAGAGGGCUAGCGAAGUUAUUGCAAUACUGACCUUGGGUAGUCAAGGAUGGGCAUCGCAAGCUACGGAAAAGGAAAUGUCGGACCUUCAAAGAGAUCUUGCGGAUCCUAACGUGAAAGAAUACAUUAAAAGCCGAGCUUCGGAUUGGUACGAGUACUGGGUCAGUCUCUACGGGACUGCCAACACACCUUCUGAGGCCCUCGAAAACCUCAAAAGAGGUCGAGGACCGCACUUGACGGAAAUGGCACGAAGUCGUCUUUCCGGAGCUUGGCAAAGCCUUUGUAAGUUUGGAUCAGAUAUCUCCUCUGGUACUGCGAACGAGCUGGAGGAGGCAGCCAAUUCGGAGGCGCCGCUGAGAGCUGCUAGAGAUCUAGAAGAAGGUAACGCGUCAAGAUCUGAUAAUUGA